AGCGCGCUCGCUGUGCACUCGCUGUGCCAAAAAGGGAUGUCUGAUAUUUGCCCAAAUGAUUGCCGGUAUUUAAAUAGUUGUAUGCAUGUAUGUAUGGCUUAUGUAGCGAUUAACAAAUGGUGGCAGGACAGAUUACAAGUUUUACAGCCUCACUAUUAUUUAUGUGCACUGCUGCCCUCUUACAUUCACUGUCUGGAUCGGUAGCGCUGCUGCUCUCCGACUUGAUGGGACGUGGGGCCCGGGCUCUCAGGGAGGAACAGCUGGGAUGUCAGACGCUCUUUUCUUGUAGCGGUUUUGGUCCGUCACUUCUUCCACUGGUGCGGCGCUUCCUGGGUUUUCUUUGGCGUCUGUGUUGGCAUCCAUGAUGUUACCCUUAUUUUCUACAUCUUCCAUGAGUGCCUCUGUAAUGGCUGAUGUUCCGGGUUGUCCCAGGAUUUCAGCACAGCAGUAUGUUGUCUUGGUGCUGCAUUGUUACAGAACGUAUGUAAUGGCUGCUACAGGAUAAGACUGGCUUUGCUUGGGGCCAUGAAUCAGAUUCAGGAAGGUGUGGAACAGGUUUAAAGAGAGAUAACUAUGUCAACUCGUGUUCAGACCUGACACAGCUGCAUUCCCUCAACAGCACAAAGGCUCUCACAGCGUCUCCUAGAUGGCGUACUCCACCAGCACCCUUGCAGAGGGCUGUUUUGGGAAAGUGUACAAGGAGAAGUACAAUGAUACCUGGGCUGCUAUUAAGAAAGUUCCUCAGCAUCUCAUCAGCUGGAAGGAUCUGGAGAGAGAGAGUGAAGUGUACAACAAGUCAAAACAUCCCAACAUAGUGAGGCUUCUGGGCAAAAUAACUCUUAAAGAUGGAAAAUGGAUCAUUCCACUAGAGUUUGUCUUCGGAGAGGACUUGGAGACCACCAUCUUCAAGGCGUCAAAGUCUAAAAUAUCGGUGGAGCAUAACACGAACAGAGCGGUAAUUAUUGAUCUGGGACUGGCCAAGUUCUUCAGACGUGGUCUAAACUCUGCAACGGACAUGGGGAACGAGGCUUACUCGGCUCCUGAGGUGCUGCAGAGGGGUAGCCAGAGAGAUCAGCGUUCAGACGUCUGGGCCAUGGGAAAAAUCAUAGCUGAGUUCUGUGCCCGGAUUCGUCUGUUCACACCCAGCGUCUCUCCUGAGAAAAUCAAGGAUGUUUUAAAGGACCAACCAUACUGCCCUGCUGUGUGUAGGAUGGUGGAGCAGAACCCAUCUCUGAGGGCCUCUAUGGGCGGGGUCAUUAGUGAUAUUCGAAGAGCUGCAGGAAAGGGCAUUGUCACCAACACACCCAUUCAAAAAGAGCUUCUUAAACCACCUACACCUCACAUUAAUGCCAGAAACCCGUCUCCAUCACCUCCGAACAGAGAUGCACAUCUGCCAAUCAGGGACCCAUCACCAAUCAAUCGAGCUGCAUCUCCGCUAAUCAGGGACUUAUCACCGAUAAACCGAGGUGUUUCUCCACUUAACAGGGAUCCAUCACCGUUAAACAAGUUUGACAACAGGGAUCCAUCACCGUUAAACAAGUUUGACAUACAUCAGUCACCUAUGAAUAAGCCUACAGGGCGGAUAUUUGAACGUUCUCCUAGACCAGAGAUAAAACCUUUGCCUCGAACUGGAGUGCACCUUCCUCCUUCCCCGCAGAGGCCAGAGGACAAGAACAAAAAUCUCAAUCUGUCGCCGAAAGGGGGAUUAGAACUCGCACAGGACCUCGUGAAAAUGAAGUUGUUACAAGAAGCUGCCAAGGAUCUUCCCUGCAACCUGCCAACAACAGGGAGGGUGGUGGUGCGGCGUUUUGAGGAGAAAAACGGGGAAAUGGGUUCAUGGGAGCAGACCGAGGUGGUGACUCGUGAUGGAAAGAUAGUCAAGUUUGAUGAUGUCAAGUUUAACAGCAAAUGAGAGUAUCUGGGAGAGUUACAAAAUAGUUGUAUGUUCACUCAGCUUAAAGAGUAGACUGAGUUUAGGUGCAGUAGACAUUGCAUGGAAUGUAGCAGGAUAUAAUUUUUUUUUAAGGAAUUGAUUAGUUUUGAGUUAUUUCCAAAUGAAAACUUUCCAUUAGCGCAUGCUUAGUUCCAAAUUUAUUUAUAAAAAUAUCUAUUUCAAAUGCAAACCUAGAUGUGAUGGAUUUUGGUAUGCAUUAUGCUCACUGUGAGCUCUGUGAGUGAGACUUGUAAUGAGAUUAUCUCCAAUUGAAAAACUGAUAGUUAUAUAUAUUUUCUGUUGGCUAAAAUGUGCAAUGGUGAUUACAUAUGAAAUGUGUUUUGAUAGUUUUGGUUAAAUAAAUGACUGUGAGAAAUUAAGGGCAGGGAAAGUGGGUGUGGUAUACAGAAUGGGUCUGUGGUGUAUUGUCUACUUAAUAUGUCUGCUGUUUUUUUUUUAACUAGUGAUCUAAUCGUUAAGCUGUACUGUGCAUCAGAAUCUCCUGUGUCUGAUAAUCUUUUUUUUUUGUUGUUGUUUUUUUUAAAUGACUGUAAAGUAAGACAAAUAAAUCCAGCAAUCUUUAUCUUUGAGUUGCUGGAACCAACAAGUUAUUUGUUGCUGGGUUAAUUUGAUGCUAUUGUGUUGCAGAAGUUCUUGCUACACUGCUCUUUACACUUCAAAGUGAACAAAGGUGAUGUGUUAGUCCACACCCCGUUUACAAGAACAAGAAGAACCUGGUUUAAUUUUUUUGUAAUUACUCUUGCAGUAAUAAAGUACAUCUUCCAAUCUCAUGUAGUUGUACACAUCAGCAUUAAAGUUGCUUUUAUUGUUUA